GUCCUGAGAUCUGGAGAACUGGCUGCGGAGGGGGAGGAUGGGAGGCGGGCAGGAAUGGAAAGGGCUCCACAGUGGUAGGCACCUGUCCACAGUGCUCUUAGGAUGGUGAGGGUGUGGUUUAGCUGGACUGGCUGCCCCGGAGGUGUGGGGACCCCAGCCUAAGGCAGGGUGCCUGACCUGUGCUCGUGUGGCAGCUCUCCUCUCCUGCCAAGUCCCACCUCCUACUCCAGGAAGCCUUUCCUGAUGACCCAGGACCCAUCAUGAAUGUGGCAUGUGUCGUCCUAUGGUGUCUUUAUUCCCUUUUUUUGAAAGUCCUGUCUUUUCAGAUAGAUUUUAAGUCCCAGGAGUACAGACACUGUCUUGUAUUUUUGGUACCUCAACAGUUGGUACAUGACGCGAAAAAGAUUCGUCAGAUAAAUCCUCCUAUGUGCACCCAGGGGGUCCAUGGUGGCAUCAAAGUGCUUAAUUAAACCUCAGACAGUUAAAGGUGAGGCAGGACUAAGGAAGCAGCAGAUGGAGGGGGUCUGGGAUGGAGACACCCUCCCUCUGCAGUCAGGCCCCUCAUGGGGAAUCUCCGGGGACACACCUGUGUUUUUCUCUCAUGGAUGCUCACUCCCUCUGCCUCCACCUCACUGUCAGACCUCAGUCCAGACCUGGACAGCCCUGGUGUGAAGUCCAGGGCUCAGUGGACACAAAGCCUUUCCUCCAGUAUGACAGUGAUAGAAACAAGGUCAAACCUUUGGGUCUCCUGGGGGAGGAGGUAAAUGCCACCAAAGCAUAGACAGAAUUGAGCCAAAUGCUGGGAGAAGUGGGGCGAGAGCUCAGGAUGGUCCUGCCUGUCAUCACACUGGACAAAAGGGAGACCAGGGGUAAGUAUGGGAAGGGGGUGGGUAGCUGGAGACAGUCAGCAAGAGAGGGGAAGGAGCAGAGCACGUCUACGGGGGCGGGGGACGGCGGGCUGUGGACAGUCCAGGAUGCUUCUUUGUGUAGGGGCACAGAUCCGCCCACCCUGCAGGUCAGGCUGUGUCGUCAGCGCAAAGCAGAGCGGUGCACUGCUGCAUCCUUGCCUUUCAGCGUCAGCAGACACACAGCCCUCCUUGCCGCGAUGAACGUGAACCGGACAGUCAUCACUCCUGGAGCCACAGGGGUCAAGGAGGAGUGGGAGAACAACCAGGAACCGGCAGAGUGUUUUAGGAAGAUCUCAACGGGAGACUGCAGGCACUGGUUUAGAGAAUUCCUAGCACACUGGGAGAACAUGCUGGAUGGAACCAGAGCCCACGGAACCACCAUUAAAUGCCCCAGAUAAUGACCAGUCUGUAUCUAUCCAAUUAAUUGAAUGGAUCAUCCCUUGAUUUUCACCUGCUUCGUCCUAAUUGACUUCAUCGUCAUGAAACUUAUGAAGAAGUCAGGGACCACAGCAGAGUGAUUUAGUUCAACAAUUUACCUGAUGUUCUAACAGCCGUUCCAUCAUCUGAUGUUUCUUCCCUGGACCAGGAGAAGGUGGAAAUGUUAGACCAACCCUUGGUGGAAAAAACUGACCCUUGAUGACAGUCUGGCUGCUGAUCUAAUAUAUUAUCUUCUACUCAGAGGUGGGUUUACCAAGAAGGUAAAGAACCCCUUGCUUUCCACGGCUGUUGAUGAGCUCUUACGGCCGGAGUUAAGAGGAAAGGAAACGUGUCCAACCACCUCCCUGUACCUUUGGGAGGAGCCUCUCCACUGUGUCUCAUGGGCCUUCCCAUCAAAGGGAGGGUCGGCACCUGAAAUAAAAGAGAGCUCUGUGUGCCCAGUUGUACCGGACCGUUACCUAACACAAUACACAAAACUUCAUUCAGAAUGGAUGAAAGACUUAAAUAUAAGACCUAAAACUAUAAAAUCUUAGAAGAAAACAUAGGACAAAAGCUUCACGACAUUCGAUUUGGCUAUGAUUUCUUGGACAUGAGACCAAAGACACAGGCAACAAAAGAAGAAAAUAGACAAAUUGAACUUCAUGAAAUUUAAACAUUUUGCACAUGGAAAGACAGUAUCAAAAGAGUUAAAAGGCAACCCACUGAAAGGGAGGAAAUGUUUGUGAAUCAUAUAUCUGAUAAGGGAUUAAUAUCCAGAAUAUAUAGAAAACUCCUAAAACUCAACCACAAAAACACAAACAACCUGAUUGAAAAACGGGCAAAAGACUUGAACAGAUAUUUCUCCAAAGAAGAUAAACCGUAGGCACAUGAAAAUUGCUCAACAUCACUAAUCAUUAGGGAAAUAGAAAUCAAAACUACAGUGAGAUUCCCCCUCACACCCAUUAGGAUGGCUUCCAUUAAAAAAAGAGAAAAUAGCAAACAACGUAACGAGGUUGUGGAGAAAUUGGAAACUUUGUGCAUUUUUUGAUGGGGAUGUAAAAUGAUAUAGCUGCUAUGGAAAACAAUAUGGCAGUUCUUCAAAAAAUUAAAACUAGAAUUGCCAUAUGAUCCAGCGAUUCCACUUCUGGGUAUGUACCCAAAAGAAUUGAAAGCAGGGUCUCAAAGAGAUAUCUGUACACCUGUGUUCAUAGCAGCAUUAUUCACAAUAGGUAAAAUGUGGCAGCAACCCAAGUGUCCACUGAGGGAUGAAUGAAUAAGAAUAAUGUGUUAUGUAGACACAAUGGAAUAUUUUUCAGCCCUAGAAAGAAGAAGAUUCUAAAAAAUAAGAAGAAAAUUCUGACAUGCUACAGCAGGGAUGAACCUUGAGGACAUUCUGCUAAGUGAAAUAAGCCAGUCACAAAAAGACAAAUACUGUGUGAUUCCACUUAUAUGAGAUACUUAGAGCAGACAAAAUCAUAAGAUAGAUUUUAUGAAAAUAGAAAGGUUGUUGCCAGGGGUUAAGGGGAGGGGGAAAUAGGAGUUAAUGUUUAAUGGGUACAGAGUUACAAUUUUACAGUGAUGAGAUCUAUGGAGAAGGAUGGGGGUAAUGAUUGCACAGCAGUGUGAAUGUGUUUAAUUUCACUGAACUGUAUACUUAAAAAUAGCUAAGAUGGUAAAUUCUGUUAUGCAUAUUUUAUCACACACACACAAAUGUUAAGGGUGUCCACAGUUCCUGGCUCAUCCCUGGUGCUGUAUUCCUGGCAGCGAGCCUCUUUCCUGACCCCUCCUACAGGGCUCUGAGUGAACCACUUUACAGCAGGACUGGCUCCAGAGAGAGGUGACGCUAAGAUGACGAUGAAGGGGGUGUCCAUGGCUGAGCUGGGUUGGUAGGGUAGGGAAGGGUGGAGACAGCUCAGGAGUGCCUACAACAGGGAACUGAAAAUGUGAGCCUGGGACCUUACCUAAAGCUGGAAGAUCCCUGUUCCUGGUGUGGGUUCCACAAUAGGUCUCCCUGGUCUUCAGAGCCUGAGGAACGGGAGGAGAUUGUGUGACUGAUACUUUGCCUGAACUCCCAAAACUUUUGGCAGCGGGGACUUCCAUGGUUGUCCAGUAGUUAAGACUCCGCGCUGCCAAUUCAGGGGGCCCAGGUUCGAUCCCUGGUCAGGGAACUAGAUACCGCAUGCCGCAACCAAGAGCCCGCACGCAGCAACAAAGAUCCCAUGGGCUGCAACUAAGACCCAGCGCAGCCAAAUAAAUAAAUAAAUAAUAUUAAAAACAAAAAAAACUUUUGGCAGGGACUGGAAUUAGCUUUUGGUGGAAUGGAAGAGAAAGAUGGUACAAGUCAGUGAACGGAGAGGUGCUGGGAAGACAGAAGAAGUGACUCUCUCCCUGAAGAGGUGAGGAGUCCGGCUCUGGGCUGAAAACCUCUGUGAUCUCUCUGGCUGGCCUCACGGCCUCACGUGGAGAGCUGCCCUUCCCACCCCAGACUGGUGACGGCAGGGCACUGCAGUCUCUCUCAGGGCCAUGCCCGUCAUGCUCUUCAAAUAUUCACACUCCCAACCCCAGAGCCCUCCUUCCUAGGUCUUAUUUUCUCAGGCCCUGGGCCAAGGUUCUCUUUUGGCGCUUCUGCUGAGGCCUCCUUAAAUGAAGAGGGCGGAGAAAUCUGGAAGACCCUUGUCCCCCCUCUGACUCAGGCCCAGGUCUCUCUCCGAGUCAUUCCCCUGCCUCCACCUCAGGGUCUUAAAGCUGCUGGAGCCUUUCACUCCGGUCUCUGAACAGUGAGCCCGCCCUACACAGGCCAUUCCAUUGGGGAAAAUGGAAUAGGGGAGUUGGCACUGCCUCUGGGCUCAGACUCUGGCUGUGCUCUCACAGGAAAUGAUCAAAGGCUUAACUCUUUCAUUUUAGGCUUGUCGCUUUAAUCAGCUGGAACAUCUCCCAGCUCAGCUGAGCUCCUUACAAGGAGCUGUGGGGUGUGGUCUGAGAUCUGGAGAGACUUGGAACAGGCCAGCCAUGUCAUGAUCUGACCCAGGUUGCCUCAGCUUUGAGAUACCAACAGGAAGCAACACACAACUGGUGUGAGUCACUUGUGCCCCUGAUAGCUGAGGGCCUUGGCUUCUAGCCAUUGCUGUCUCCCCUAAGACCAAGAGGGGCUGCGCACCCCAAGCCAGUGUCAGAGGGCGCCAUCGGCCAGGCGAGCUGGGCGCAGUCAGGCUGCGGCUUGACCUGUCACAGCUGCUCCACUGGGCCCGUCCGGAGCUUCCAGGGUGUCCAGAGAGAUUUCUCCCUGAAUUAGCCCCAACUUCACUCUCCGCGGGUGCUUAUCCACACUCAUCCGCAGCAGUGACUUCACUUCCUACCCGCAUUACAUGUCAUACUGUCUUCCAGAGCGGCAGAGUAAAUAACCAUUUUACUGAAAUAAAAAUCGAGCCACAGUCAGGUGCCCAUCCCUCCCCUCACCACUCCUUUCUGACUGUGACCUGGGUAAGUUGGCAGCCUCACUUAACCUCAGUUUCCUCGUCAGUCGCUCAGGGAGAGAAACAGGACACUCUCACUAAGCAGUGACGAAAGAGUGAGAUCACAUUUGCACAGCACUUGGUACCCAGAAGAUGUUCAACAAACAUCAGUUCUCUUCAUUGAUUGGGGAAGGCUUCAGUUACUUUUAAAAUCUCCAUGAACCCCCAGAGAGAAGCGCUCUACUCCCUCUUCUGACUAGGUAACCCCAAAUUCCCUUUACAGAAAUUCUGAUUUCCUUUCCUUCACUAUUUUUUUUUUCUUUAUUCACCUUGGUGCUUUUUCUUCUUGGUGGACUUGAAAUACAUUAUUAUAAAUAUCAUAUUUUAAAAUACUAAAUAUGCACAUGGUGACAAUGCACUGUUUCUUUGUGCUAAUAGUAGCUUAUAUUUUAU